AUGGAGACCCAUUUGAUAGACCCAUCAGGGAGCCCAAAAAGGAAUCAGAUCCAGAUACCAGGGGACGAGGGAGAACCAGAUCUAUCAAAUAGGGAGCCCAGGGAGAAUCAGUUUCAUGAUGUCUUCAGUUCCCGACCAUACCUUAUACCCAAUAUGUCCCCUCACAAAAUUCUUGGUGUUGAUCUUCUUGAAGGUGAAUGGGAUGGGUCUGUUACCGUGGCUAAGGAUCUAAUUGAAACCAUAGAUAAUGUGCAUUUGUUAACCGUCUUCAAAGUGAUCGAAGGAGAUGUUUUAAAGGAAUAUAAGAGUUUCAAGUUGACCGUUCAAGCUACACCUAAAGGAGAGGGCAGUGUGGUACGUUGGACCUUAGAAUAUGAGAAGAUCCAUGAGAAUAUACGAGAUCCUUACUCCUUGCUAGAGUUUAUUGUCCAAUUUAGUAAGGAUGUUUCUGCUCAUCUCGUGAAAUAUCCGAAGAAAUGA